UUCACUAACGCAAUCAAACUGAGUCGCAUCCGAAAACAUUGCCGUCACUAGCCAGCGGCCAGCCGUUGUCUUCACUUCUCGACACUGUUUCAGGCGACACUGCGAAUCGCCUCUUCGUCUCGGUCUCGGCCGGCGCUGCUCGCAGAGUUGCAAUCAAUUUUAGCGUGGCCGGCCAUUCGGGACUUGAUAGCAAAGCUCUGGAUUCCACUCCCGUGACCGCCAAGUCGGCAACAACUUGCAAAUGCUCAGGAAAAUUUCUAGAUCCACCCCUGCUACCAAGCUCCUCAGCAGCCGUCUCACCUGUAGCAGCAGGUUAAUCUGCUCCUGCGUGCCACCCUCCACCAGCUCCCAAAAUGAAGGCAACCCCUCCACCACUGCCCAUUCUGCCAACAAAAAUCUCCAAGAAGAGCUGCGGAAGCUCCGAAUCCUCCUGCAACAGAACCGGAGCGAUAGUGCGAAGAGUUACAUUGCCAAUCUUGCCCAAUCGAACUCUGUCUCCAAGCUUUACUGUUCCUUCUGCGCCCCCGUAUCUUCACCGAUGAAGCCCCUCUUUGUUGACAUGCUUUUCUCCGUCUAUGUUGACUCCAAGCUUCUUGAUAAAGCAAGUGAGCUAUAUUCAUUGAUGAGAAAAGAUGGUAAGUUCCCUACUUUGUCUGGUAUCAAAGUGUUUCUUGAAAUGCUGAACAGUUCAAGACAGUACAGAAAGGCCCUCGAAGUGUUUUCGGAUGCGGUGAAUGCCAAUAUGCAGAUUGAUAGCAAUUGCUAUAGUAUAGCUAUACAAUCAGCUGUGAAGUUGGGGGACUUGAGAAGGGCUCUCCAAUUGAUGGAUUUCAUGAGAAAGUCUGGGUUGCGUAUGGAUGCCUUUGUUUACAAUGUGGUUAUGGGGGGAUUGUGUAAAGAGAGGAGGGUCAGUGAAGCCCGGAAGCUGUUUGAUGAAAUGCUUGAGAGAAGAGUGACACCGACUAAGGUGACUUUUAAUAUUCUCAUUGAUGGGUACUGUAAAGUUGGGAACUUGGAAGAGGCUUUUAAUGUGAGGGAAAAGAUGAGGAAUGAAAAUGUAAAGCCGAAUGAGAUCACAUUUAACACUUUGCUUAGUGGGCUUUGUAAGAUGGGGAGGAUGGAGGAAGUUAACAAGGUCUUGGAGGAAAUGAAGACUUGUGGAUUUGUUCCGGAUGGAUUUACGUCUAGUAUACUCUUUGAUGGGCACUUGAGGUGUGCUGAUAUUGAUUCUUCUAUGGCAUUGUUUGAAGAAGUAGUGAAGAAAGGGGUUCGAAUUAACGAGUAUACUAUCAGCAUUUUGUUGAAUGGGAUGUGCAAGAAUGGGAAAAUGGACAUAGCUGAGCAGAUUUUGAACAAGCUGAUGCAAAAUGGAUAUACCCCAACAGAGGUGAUAUUUAGCAUCAUUGUUAAUGGCUAUUGCAAGGAAGGCAACAUGGAGAAGGUAGUUUCAACUCUUGAAGAAAUGGAAAGUUUUGGAUUUAAGCCAAGCUGUUCCACAUUUAACACAUUAAUCAAUACGAUUUGUAAAUUGGGCAAGAUGGAAGAGGCAGAGAGAUGGUUUAGGAUGAUGGCCGAGAGGCAAGUUUCUCCAACAGUGCAGACAUACAACUUCUUAAUAAAUGGUUAUGGGAGUAGUCAUCAAUUCGACAGGUGUUUUGAGAUUCUUGAGGAAAUGGAAAAUAGUGGGUUGAAGCCCAACGUAGUAACAUACGGUUCACUAAUAAAUUGUUUGUGCAAGGAUGGUAGGCUUCUUGAGGCAGAAGUGAUAGUGAAUGAUAUGAUUGGUAGAGGGGUUAAGCCAAAUGCUCAAAUAUAUAAUAUGGUCAUAGAUGGUCAUUGCACCAGGGCAAAUUUUAAAGAUGCUUUCCGGAUUUUGAAUGAGAUGGUUGGGAGUGACAUUGCACCCACGAUUGUAACUUACAAUUCAUUAAUAAAUGGACUCUGUAAAAAGGGCCGGGUAAGUGAAGCUGAGGAAUUAACUCGAGAGAUUCCGAAAAGUGGUUUAACUCCUGAUGUCAUCACAUAUAAUUGUCUGAUCUCUGGUUAUUCAGAUGCCGGGGAGACCAACAAGUGUUUAGAAUGGUAUGAGCAGAUGAAAACUUCUGGUGUUAGACCUACCUUACGCACGUAUCAUCCCUUAAUCAGUGCAUGCAAAAAGGAAGAAUGUGGGCUGAUGCUAGUAGAGAGAAUUGUCCAAGAAAUGUAUCAGAUGAAUCUGUCUCCUGACAGAGUUGUAUACAAUGAGCUAAUUUAUUGUUAUGCACUUCAUGGAGAGGUUGGAAAAUCAUUUGCUCUGUGCAAUAAGAUGGAAGAGCUAGGGAUUCAAGCUGACAAGAUGACCUGCAAUAGCUUGAUUAUGGGCCACUUGAAGAAGGGUGAGUGUCAAGAAGCACGGGACCUUGUUGACACCAUGAAGGCUAGAGGAAUUGUUCCUAAUUCUAACACUUAUGACACAUUGAUUAGCGGGCAUUGCAAGCUCAAAGACUUUGAUGGAGCAUACAUCUGGUAUAGAGAAAUGUUUGAGAAUGGUUUUCUACCAGUCAUCAGUAUCUGUACCGAGCUGAUCUCUGGACUUAAGGCUGAAGGGAAGUCGAAGGAGGCCCAGAUCAUUUGCUCAGAAAUGAGUGCUAAAGGAUUGGAUGAGUGGAGCUCAAAUGAGGAUUUCUCUGUUGUUUCAGAAGCCUAGGUCAAAUGUUUUAUCUACACUCCAGCUCUCCAAGUACAUAGCCAACUAAAAACAUCGGAAAUAGAAGUUUGCAUCUAGUGACUGGAUGAUUCAUUCUUCAUCAGAUUGAGGUUUCUGUUUACAUUUAUAUGGUUUUAGCAGUCAAAUUCACAUGUCUGUCAUGCAGAACUGGGUUACGAGAGGGUUGAGGGGAUGCAGCAGUGGCAAAUGAUAGAGUUUGAGAAGCAGAGGAUGGAAUUCGCCAAGGAUUUGGAGCUUCAGAGGAUGCAGUUGUUUAUGGAUACUAAGGUUCAGCUCAAGAAGAUUAAGCAAGCCAAACCCCCCGCAUCAUAUGUUCAUUCUAUGGUUUUGAUAUGUCCGCACGAUCGCAUGGGAGAGCAGCACAAUAUAUGGACCAAUGUAUAUAUCAUCAAAAUUUAACCAUGUCAGGUUUUCUUCCCAAAAUAUGCUCCACUUGAAGUCUUGAAGGAUAAUUAAUCUAGUGAAAUUUAUUCUUUUCUCGACAAGAUAUUUGUAUUUUGUUAAAUUUAUCUAAUGCGAAAUGAAUAUAUGUGUAAAUUGAAGAUGUGUUAAAUUUAUCUAUAACGAAGUGAAUAUGUGUGUAAAUUGAAUAACAUCUUUACUCGUCUUAUUUAAGCUUGAUUCUUUAAGUGAA